AUGAUGAAAAUAUUCUUAUUCUGAUAAAUGGCUCUAUUUAAGACAAAAAAUACCCUUUCAUUAAUCAUUCACUUUAUAAAUAGGGUUGAAAUAGCCAUGGAUUCCAAAGUAAUACUUCUAGUUGCCUUGGUGAUCGUGCCAGCUGUAUCAGCAAAAUUUUUAUCGGUGGGAAAUGCCAACGACUAUAUUGACAAGGUUAUAGAAAAUGCUAAGCUCGCUAUUGGCUCAGAUAUUGACCCUUUGCCCUUACCAGAACACACAGUCGGAUUUGAAAAAAAAAUAUUGCUUAUAACCUACACAGGAGAAGCCAAGCUGUUCGAUGGUUAUAUUUCUGGCUUAUCUAGCUUGCAUCGAACAGGUGACUGUACUAUUGCCAAAGCAGAAGAUCUAGUAAGCAUCUUUGCUGACGUAGGUUUUAACAACAUAGAAGCCAGUUAUAAAGGUGAAGUUAAAUUCAUGGAACUUGGGCCCACAAUCACUGUCACAGCAAAAGUUGAAUCCAUCAGGAUCAAGAUGGGAAUAGCGGCAUCAACCACAGAUGAAGAUUCUGCCCUUCAGAGUUUCGAGUUAACUGAAAUUACUGGCAUUGAAGUAAAAAUAGGAGGCCUUGGACUUCUAAAUUGGAUCUUCAAUUUACUUAGUAACUUGGUGAUCAAAAUUCUAAAGAGAAGUAUCACCACGGUCAUUGAACGACAAAUACGAAAUGCUAUCGCCAGCGAAAUCGCCAAAAUAAAAUUUCCAAUUGAUAUUUGACUAGUGAAAAUUUAACUGCAAAGAGCAAAAGCUACUUUUUCCUACAAAUCAAUCAGUUUUUGUUUGUUUUAUUAUAUGUUCAUUUAAAUAGACAAUGUGGAAAAAAUUAAUGAACUUUUUUUCUUGACAAUAUCAGUUAACUUUUAUCCCACCUGAUAUCUUCGCCUAACAUUUUUGUAAUUUUACUAUCAAUAAAUUGGUGACUUGCCAGUA